UGAAGACAAAAAAUCAUAAAUUCCCAAUCUUGGUUUUUGGAUUCUGUUUGUGUUGCGCUUAGCCGACGUUGAUGUCGGCACAUAGCGGUGUACAUCUCCAAUAGGGUACUACUACUAGUUCGCUAACGGCGACUGCCGACCUACCUGUGCUCUGGAAGCCGACACUCCUCUAGUUAGCGAGUGUGUUUGGCGAAAUGGCGCGGUGGCACCAGUCGUGUGUCAUUGUGUGCGCCGUUGGCUGCCUGCUGAGCGUCGGUAGAGUAUCUUGCGGAGAUGAAGAGUCUGGCACUUCGGAAGCCCCGGCUGAAACGACUGCAAAUGUCGUCGACACGCCGGUUGACGAGGAACGGCCAUGCACGGUGAGCGACUAUGACCAUAUCCAGACCAAGUGUGAUGAGCACCAACGUCGCUGGUAUGUGGCAGUUCCCAAGCUUGGUGCAGUGUGCUAUGGUGGGUACGUACCACCCCCGAGGCCUGGAUCACCGUGCAAUUACACAUGUCAGACGGGCCAGUACAUGGACGAGAUGACGCAGACUUGCCAGGACUGUGCCGCAGGCACGUUCAGCCUCGGUGAUGGUGUUAGGUGGGAAGACUUUCACGCCAAUCGCCUCCCUGGUGGCUUCAGAGUUGAGCCAAGGAAUGCAUGGGAAGAGAUCAACAAUAUCAAGGGAGUCCUAUCAGAUGAGAAGCAAAACUUCCUAAGCUCUGUGAAGGAGCUCGAGCAUAUAUUUACCGGUUCGCUGAAUGAUAAUGGUAGAGAGGGAAGAGGUGUAUCUCAUUCUGCUGGUACAAUGCUGCGAAAUAGCGGUGGUCGGGUGGCCCGAACUUUUGGCAGCGAGGACCCUGGCCCUACCGAAGAUGGAGAUAAUGAUGAUGAGUUUGAGCCAGAUUGCUCAGGGCAAGGCUGGAGUGCUCAUUUUGGUGACUUGGUCAUGACCAAUGCGGAGUGCUCAUCCAGUGUCUCGGUGGAAAUUGAUCUUGUCAAGGAUGGAGAGAUUCGUAUUCAAUAUUCUUACCCAACCACAGCGCCAUUCUACCUCAUGCUGGAAGUCAAGUCCUACACAUGUUCCGGAACAUCUGGUCCUGUGCACUUCUACAAGGCACUGAACCACACCUCAAUGCCAUUGGAGUCAUUUGAAUGGCAGACGAUUGAGCUCAAGGCAGGUCAUAACGUCCUCGCAUUGAUAGCAAUUACCAACUAUAAGGAUACAGAGGCAGGGCUGCCUUUGCGAAUCCGACGUGUUGAAGUCACUGGCUUGGCGUACGCAACAGCUUGUACGGCGUGCCCUGCCGGAACGUUCUCAGACAAAGCACGCUCACCCUGGUGUACAAAGUGUGUAAAUAUGAUGUACAGUGAUGCAGAGGCGUCGACCAAGUGCAAGUCGUGUGAUCCCGUCUCGCAGUAUCCCAGUGAUGAUCACUCCGAGUGUGUUCAGCGUAAGCCAUGCACAAAGGACGAUUACUGGAAAGUGUAUGAUGCUUGUGAUGGCAAUGGCAAGACCAAUGUGACGUAUGAGUGGACUCAGCCAAUGCUGUGCAACAAGAAGAUGACCGGUGCCGCUCAGCUGCCCAAAGCACAAGUCGGUGUCAGCUGUCCGCCGUGCAACCCCGGCAUGAGCAUCCAGAGCAAUCAUUCCAAGGGGCAUUGCAGCCUAUGCCCUAUGGGAUCAGUAUCUGAUGGCAGACAAGCGUGUCAUGCGUGUAAGCCAGGUUACCAGACGGUCAAUGGUAUUCACUUGAACUGGUGGGACGACCGUGCCACGGAACAGUUCACCUUCUCCACCUCCUGCAGGCGCCACAAUGGUGACCCCUGCUUAGACGAUCCGGAUAAAAGCGGUUGGAACUUCGAAUCCAACUAUGCAUCUGUGCUGCAGUCCACCAUGAAAGACGGUGGCACAGCACGCUUCCGCGUGUACGUCCUCGGCUUUGCAAAGGCUCUCCUUGGUGCCAAGAACCCAAGGAGAGUCGGCUCGGUUGAGUUCUCCUACGAACUCAACUGCCCUCGUUCCCUGUGUGAUUUCUCGUUCUACGACAAGCCUAACUUUGGCGGCCAGGAUAUGGUCUGGAGUUGGAAUGGAGACGGCCGCCUGGGAAAGUUCACCUAUCACGUGAUGUCCAGUGCCUACCAUGAGUUCACCUGGGUGCUCACCGUUAGCAAAGGAAUGGGAGACUGGCAGAACAGAGAUCAUCCGUUGCUCAAGAUCAACUCCAUCGACGUCAACAACACAAUGUACGGUGGUGGUACAUCGUGUCAGGAUUGCUCCGCUGUUGGUCUCUCGCCAGCCGCCGCACAGCAGCAACAGCAGCAGGGUGCCAGCUCUCCGCAUGAAGGAGGUUCAGUGUCCUGUCAAGGCUGCCCGCGUGGCAACUACCUGGACACGAGCAUCCCCGGCGAUCACACGUGCACGCCAUGCCCGGCGGGUACGGCGCUCAGCAGCGGUAGCCGUCGCAUCGGCGCCAACUCCUGUGUACCAUGCGGCCCGGGAGCACGCAGCAAGCCAGCAUCGGAGAUGUGCUACAGCAACUGCACAUUCAAGAGUGCCGACUCUGUACUGUACGACUUCACACAACUGGCUGGGUCGCAUGCCAUCCAGUCACCCAGUCGAUUCACGCCGAAGGGUACUCGCUAUGUCUAUGAGUACCGCGUGUCCAUUUGCGGUGCCGAGAUGGACUCUACCUGUUUCGGUAACUUAACAAGCGGACGUGGUGGUCACGGGGUUUCUUUGAGGUCCGACUACCAUCAAGUAGAUAGCAAGGUGUGCCGGCAUACAGUUGCCUACGUCAAGGACGCUGUGCUGCUCCACGGCUAUCCUAUCGGGCUCGGAAUGAACCUGAUUUCCGUGGAGCACAUCAAGCCUUCGAUGACUCCCGCAGAGAUCGACGCUAUUGCUCGCCGCACAAUGAAUACCAGUCAUGUUUCAGUGCAGCGUGCUAACAGCACUGGCGAAUCUCUUAUCUCCAUGUUCUACCACUCUGACAAGGGAGAAUCACGCUGCGACAAUGGACGCAUGUCCAUCAUCAAUCUCCACUGUGAUGCUUCCAAAGAGGGUUCAGGCGAGCUCCAGCUAGCCACCAGUGAGAACUGUCCAGCCGGCACAUGCGACGGUUGUGCGUUUCAUUUCAUCUGGCACACUGCACAUGCGUGUCGGGUUUGUCUGGAAGGAGAUUACCACAGCAUCCGCGGUGUGUGCGCAGAGAACCGGUCAAGGUUGGUCGAGUACAAGUGGAACGGACCAAAUGGGCAGAAACACUGCUACGGUGGAGUUGAGCUACCAAAGGGUGGCUGGGUGGAAUGUAAAUUCACGGAAGUCAGUGUUGCAGCUGCGUUCAAGACCUACCUGCCGUUUGUUCUUGCCAUCCCAGGUGUGGCCCUGUUCAUUGUACUGGCAUUGAUCGUGGUGAUCUGCAAGAACAGACGAUUGACCCACCAGUACCAGAAGUUAGUGCAGACAGCCAGUGCUGCCGGGGAAUUGCCAGCACCACCCACCUGUGUGGAUGAUGAGGACGAGGAAGAGGAAGAGGUGAUGUUCGCAAGAGGCAAAUCGCAAACAAAGAAGCUUGUGCAGAAACUCCAAGGCUUGACUAAGUCGAGUUCGCAAAAGAAACACGCGGAGCUGGAAGCGGACGUCAUGAUGGACAGCCUGCCGCUGACUGAUACCACUGACAUGUGAUAUGUAUUGUUAGGAAGACAUCCUCCACGGCUUUUUUUUGGCAUGUUGGGGGAUUGGCGGAUAUUUCCAGAUAAACAGGGCACCACCGGACGUGAACGGCAAUGCUGGCCAUUUCACCUUCUCACACUGCUAGUGAUUCGUUCCUAGCUUGGGCAUAGCUAACCGCACUGAAAGCCAGUUGCCAGCUGUUGUUGCUGUUUGUUCGAUCUGCUCACUGGCUGCCGAGGCUACUAUCGCGCCAGGCUGUUUGUUGACGAUAGAGACCCGCCGUCUGAGCUUGCUGCACCUCUUGGCACUACAACACAAUUCACAUGCACACAGUUAUUUCAUUUGCUACUACAUGCAGGCUAUUAUAAUGAGCCACGUCCGUUUUAUUUCUCAUAUCAGCAACCCUAAAUUAAUCUGACCCAUGCUAGAAAGUGACUGCGAAGUACAGUGAAACCUGUUUAAGCCGACCGCUCAAGGGCACUUGCAGAUGGGGUCCCAGUGCAAAGGCGGUCGCCGUAUCCAGGAUCAGUUGACUGGAGAUAACAUGCUUGGUCCUGGUUCUAAUGCUCCUCAUUAACUGCUGGUUGCCUUAAUCAGAGUGGUCGCUGCCUUACGCCUGGUUUGUGUAGAAGCACUACACAGUCACAACAAGUCAUUAGAAACCUGGAAGCAGCUAUUUGUAAACGGUUCCAUUCACGCACA